CUCUUCUGCAAACAAUGCCUCGAAUUCAUCACAGCACGUGCUAGAAUUAUCAUUAUGAAAGUACGCAAAUUCAAAUCAAUCUUCUGUCACGUUCCACAGUCCAGCAUCGUGUUUGCUGACUGUCUCUACCAGCGUAUAACUAUCGCUGGCCCCAUUUCACAUGCUUCUGGCCCAUCACAUAUGCCUCGUCAUCCGCCUCUUCACUGGUCUAUACCGCGGAAGCAUGUGCGUCUCGAACUAUAUAUUCCCUUUGGGUGCAAUGUGUUUCUUCCUUCCACCAAGCACAACAAUCACCAGUUGCAUCACCAAACCAACUCGAUAUGUACCAGCCUGAUCGGUGUUCAGCUCAAACUUCAUUAGCAAAUAUCGAUACUAUACGAAAUUGUUACAUCGCUUCUGGACCUUCCAGUCACAACAGCAAGCAAGCAAUGGCACUUGGAAAGUCGCCUGACAAGACGAGGCCCAUUUCACGCGCUCUUCCACCAAUUGCACUUUGCGAGUGCCGCGAUCGUGUUGAUGGCAUGACAUUUGCACCGGGUGAGAGAUUGGAAUGGCCGCUCCUCUUGCAGAAGACCCUCCGUGUCUUCCCUCGCUUCUCCAAUCCACUCACACCUUGCGACUGGGGUCAAAGGGAGACCAAGACGGACGCUAGCGGCCAUACCUGGGAGGUUCACCAUCUGGAGAUCAAGGAGUGUUUACCCGCGCCCUCCCACACACCUCUAGCUCCAGGAGUUGCACCUCAAGUCAUGCUGCGUGGAGAAAGCGCGACCAGAAUGUCUGACGCGCUGGAGAGUAUGAUGCAGAUUCUUGAUCAACUGCCUAAUGAUUGGAGACCCAGUGCUGGAGUUCACAAGCUUCCUGUUCGUGCUGAGAAUCUUCCUGCUUUUGAGAGUUGUUGCUCAAUGUGUGGGCUUCCUCGGAAGGAUCUCAGAUGGGUGACUUCUAAGAGUCCUACAAGUCACAAGCUCAGACGCUGAUGGCUGCAUGUCUUGACGAAGCUAUGACGAGAAACGACUUGAUACGAAGCUACAAGACUGAUGGAUCUAUACACCGACAACAAAAUACGGUGGCAUCCUUCAGGGACUCUUCUCUACAGAUCUGAAUGCAUGAUCAACUCAUACUCUCAAACAAAAAUGCAAAAACCUUGACAAUUC